AUGAAGCAGAGGAUAGCGGGUGGCGACACGGCGGCGCCAUAUCUUCACGAAGAAAUCAUCAGACAAAUUCUGAAACGACUUCCGGUGAAAUCCCUAAUCAGAUUUCAAUGUGUCUCCGAACGCUGGAAAAAUCUCAUCAAGUCGCCGUCUUUCAUCGACGAACACCUCCAUUACUCGACUCAUCAAAACCCUUCACUUCUUCUUAGGAAAAGUAAUGGACGUUUUAAACCUUUGCAGUUACGUUUGAUGGAUUCUGAGAUGCACGUUCGUGAAGUUCAAAACCCACCUUUACCACUCCGUUCCUUAUUGACAUUUAGUAUCGUUGGUUCCUGUAAUGGAUUGGUUUGUGCUGAAAUCGAUGGGUAUGAUAAAUCUGCCUCCUCCGCAUCCUUUUUGUUGUGGAAUCCUGCUACUGGGGAUGUUAGAAAAAUCCCUACAACCAGAAGCUCUAAACAUCCUUAUGAGUCGGUUUACGUCGGAUUUGGGUUCAGUACGAUUGUUAACGAUUAUAAAAUAGUGCAAAUAUAUGAUGGGUAUGAUGGGGAUAUGGUGAUUGAAGUGUAUUCAUUAAGCAUAGGUUCGUGGAAGGAAAUAGAAUCUGAGAGCUUAAAGGGUGUAAGUCCUUCUGAUAUUAUUUGUAAUUGGGUCACUGUCAAUGGACGUAUCUUUUGGGAUGCUGCAACUCCAGAGGAUAAAGAGGAUGGCGUAUAUCGUACUUGUUUGAUACUUUCAUUUGACAUAGCUUUGGAAGUUUUUACAGUGAUACCAGGACCUCCUCAAUUAGAUGUUUCAGGAGGCUUUGAAUUCACUUUGUCUGCUUAUGAUGAUAACAAGCUUGCUAUAAUUUAUGUGCCUAGAGUCGGUCGCCCUCCAAAGUAUUUAUAUUCUUUGAUCCACUUGUGGGUGUUAGAGGAGAAGGGCACAAGUUCAUCGACAGAAAGAUGGAUUUGGACUAAAAUAUAUACUAGCAAUCCAUGUCCAGCCAAGUUUGACGUUCCUCGGACCAUGUGGGGGAACAAAUUUGUCUUCUUUUGUAUUAGGGAGCCUAGCCUUACAAAUGAAAGCGGCGGCGAAAUGGAGAAUCGAUUUUCCUUAAGCAUCAUUACUAAUGAGGGCAAGAUAUUUGAGAUCCCUCAAUGCUAUGGUAGUUGGGCUCUCAAUCAUGUAGAAAGUCUUGUACCAGUUGGCAACAUUCACUUUGAAGAGCCUUGA